ACGUGGGCGGCGGGGGUGGCAGGUGGCAGGUACCGGGGGAAGCGACAGUCAUGCACAACGAGUUAAUCAGCAGGAUGAGAGGGCCCCUGGCCGGUGAGGAGCCCUUGGUAGUGGCGGAGCUGAAGGAGAAGUAUCUGGCCCCGCCUUCUACCCUCCCCUACAACCUCACCCGCCACAACAUCGUGAAACUCAAGUUGGGACAAUCCUUCGGCUGGGAGUUUUAUCAUUACUAUAUAAAGUACUUCUUCGGUGACCAGCGAGGCGGGUUCUUCCUGGAGGCGGGCGCCCUUGACGGGGAGGUUCUCUCUAACACACUCUGGUUGGAGAUGAACCUGGGAUGGUCGGGGCUGCUAAUCGAAGCUGAUCCCGGCAACUUCCAACAUCUCACGUGGAGGAGGCGUCGAGCAUGGACCUCUAACACCUGUAUAGCUAAAGAGAAGUACCCAAGAGAGGCUGUGUUUGAGGUUCUCCAGCCCGACAACAACGUAGGAGACAAUCAGUGGAUCUUCAAGGCCAACACACGAGAAACAGACUCUUACUUCACCAAGUUCUACGAUGAGUUGAGUGGUUCUUCCCGAAGGUCCUACUCAAUGGCGCAAUGUUUCCCUCUUGUCUCUUACCUCCUGGCCCUCAACGUCACCACAAUCGACCUCCUCUCACUCGACAUCCAAGGCAACGAAUGGGAGGUGAUAAAGUCACUUUCCCCGGGGCAGGUGGUGGUGAGGGCAAUGGCUGUAGAACACUUCGCACCGGCAGAGUCAUUCAGCGGAGGACAGAGACUGGACGAAGCCUUCAUUAAGUAUAUGGAGGGUGUUGGCUACAUCCUCGUCGACGUCAACCUCAAGACAGAUUACUUCUUCAUCCUUAAGACAGAUCAGCGACUGAGAGUUAAAAGUGACCCAGACACAAUAGUUAAGUACAAGAACAAGUAGUGAGAAGCAAAACAGGGGCCUUUAACUGAGUAAACUGACCUAAUCUAACCUUAUCUGACCUAACUUAAUCUACCCUAACCUAGCUUAACCUAGACUAAAAUAAUCUAACCUAAUCUAACCUAACCAAAUAUAACCUUAUCUAACCACCCCCCUCAUUAAUAGAUACACUGAAUAUGUUGCAAUAUAUCAUCAGUGUAUUCCUGGUAACUCGCUCCCAAAAAAAUAUCUCUACUGAGGGAUCCAAUGAAUUUCAGAAUGAACACUGUGACUCCUGUUGUCUCGGUAAGGUUGUCAAAAUCCUUCGUACGUUGUGUCAUAUUUCUCAUACAAAAUCGUAAAGAUAUUUUUUUGACCGAUGCUUAAUGUUGAUUUAUUAUGGUAUCUUAAGU